AUGGUUGUCCUUUCAGCCCUUGUGAUCCCAGAUGUGGAUCAGUGUAUGAAGUGUCCAGAGGACCAGUAUGCCAACAAAGAGCAGAACCACUGCCUCCGCAAAGAUGUGACCUUUCUGGGCUUCGAUGAACCCUUGGGGAUGACUCUGUCUUGCAUGGCCUUAUCUACCUGUGUCCUGCAGCAAAUAACAUAUGGUAUUUUAUUCACUGUAGCUGUUUCCACUGUGUUGGCCAAGACAAUUACUGUGGUUUUGGCUUUCAAAGUCACUUCUCCUGGAAGAAGGAUGAAGUGGCUCCUGGUAUCAGGGGUACCUAACUACAUCAUUCCCUUCUGCACCAUCAUCCAAAUUAUUCUCUGUGCAAUCUGGCUGGGAGUUUCUCCUCCCUCUGUUGACAUUGAUGCAUACUCUGAGCAUGGCUACAUCAUCAUUGUGUGCAACAAGGGUUCAGUAACUUCUUUCUACUCUGUCUUGGGAUACCUGGGCUCUCUGGCCCUGGGGAGCUUCACUGUAGCUUUUUUGGCCAGGAAUCUCCCUGACACAUUCAAUGAAGCCAAAUUCUUGACAUUCAGCAUGCUGUUGUUCUGCACUGUCUGGGUCACUUUUCUCCCUGUCUACCACAGCUCCAAGGGGAAGAUAAUGAUGGCUGUGGAGGUCUUCUCCAUCUUAGCCUCCAGUGCAGGCUUGCUGGGAUGCAUCUUUGUCCCCAAGUGCUACAUCAUUUUAAUAAGACCAGAGAGAAAUUCUCUUCAAAAGUUAAGAGAGAAAUCAUCUUCCAGAACUCCCAUUUCAUAA